AUUGUAGACCACGCAUGACGCGCUCAGUGAAAACGCAGCCUUUCUUUCGCCCCUUCCGUCCGUCACGACCUUUCGUCUUGUUACGCUCCUUCUUGCUCCCUCCUGUAAGUUCGUUGCUCCAUGAGAAUAAUACGGCUCCGUAUUUCCGUAAGAGAGAUGGCAUGGGAAAAGUUUAUGAGUUUAACAGUACAUUAGAUUACAAAUAAAAAUACAAUGCCCUAAAACUUUCUGUUAUGUAAAUAUGUGACAUUUAUAUGCCAUGUCUCAUGGUCGAAAGAGUUCAUUCUUGCAGUAACAUUGUAAACCGCGUUCUCACGUCGUUGCAGCCGGUAUAGCUUCGCGAAUUCUUAAAAUAACUUGGCACGGAAGCAACUUGCCACCGCUACUUACGAACAUGGCUCUGAAGCACGUAGUGAUAGGCGGUGGUACCGGCUUCGUAGGGUCACAGUUAAUAAAGUCACUGACCCACGAGGGCUUCUCCUGUACAUGUAUCUCUCGAAUGCCAGGACCGAACAGGAUAUCAUGGAAUGAUUUAGAACGCUACGGCCUACCGGAGAACACGUCGGCCGUCAUCAACGUCGCUGGGCAGAACGUGCUGGAUCCCAAGCAGAGAUGGUCACCUGGCUUCAAGCAGAACGUCAGGAACAGCCGGGUGAAGACAACCAAGGCUCUAGCAGAUUCUAUACAGAAUACCAAGGCCACGGUCUUCGCGACUAUAUCGGGAGUCGCGUACUACAAACCCAACAGCGCCGUAUACACUGAGGAGAGCAAAUGCGAAUCAUACGAUUUUCUAUCAAAACUUUGUCACGACUGGGAGGAAGCGGCAAAACUGCCGAAGGACAGCAACAUUAGGCAAGUGACGAUAAGAUCUGGAGUGGUGUUGGGAAGAGACGGCGGCAUGAUCAAGCAAGUCUACUUGCCGUUCUUUUUCUGCCUCGGUGGGCCGAUAGGAAGCGGGAACCAAUACAUGCCCUGGAUACACGUCACCGACUUAGUUUGCAUGUUUAUAUUUGCGCUUAAAAAUAGCAAUGUACGUGGUAUACUAAAUGGAGUAGCACCUCAGCUUGUAACAAAUGAGGAGUUUACGAAAGCGUUUGCAGCGGCAAUGAGAAGACCCGCGUUCAUACCUCUUCCAGCUUUCCUUUUGCAAAUAUUAUUCAGUGGAGAACGAGCUAAGAUGAUGUUGGAGGGGCAAAAAGUUACACCGAAGCGUGUCACAGAGCUAGGAUUUCAAUAUCAAUAUCCAGAUAUCGAAACCGCCUGUAAGCAACUUGUUCAAUGAACGAGAUGUAUAAAAAGGUUUUAUGUAAUUGUUAUGACGAUCGAUAGAGUAGGAUUAUUAGACGUUAUACAGUAAUAUAUAUUGUCCAUAUUGUUGAUGAUGAGCGAUGAAUCAUGUUUCAGUAUAUCCUUUUUAAUAUUUUCAAACUGUUGUUACUUAGCAAUAAAUUAUUGCAGCGUAGAAUAAAUGAAUAAGAUUUUGCUCAG